AUGGCGGAUAACGCUUGUGGCAAAGGAUCCAAUGAAAAAGCACCUGAUGUAGUAACAAAAUUGCAGGGUCACUUUGAAGAAUUUUGGAGGAAGCUGAAAUGUAUCCUCCAAGGGCAACCAAAGCAUACCCCAGAGAGUGACUCACCAAUACCCUCUCGAUCUGCUACUCGAACUCUGAAAACCUCUCCACGUGCUCACACCUCCACACAGAGGCAUGUAUUCUCCAGCGAGAGCCGCACCACGCGACCUCGGCGAGCCCCUAUACCCAUGCGACGCAGACACCGGAGGAGGCUCAAGCGGGCCCCAGUGGCGGGCACCCGGAGACCACUCAACCGGCAACACCCUCAGAAGCAGAGGUCUGAUUCCAGACCGCAGAGGGAAAACCCCAGAUAUCAGGUGCAGAACACAGCAACGAACACCCUACUCACCCAUGGCACAUCGCCAUGCCUGAGCCGCAGGGUCUUUGGACACCGACUACAUCAUGGGGCUAUGACCUACCCAGAACUGGAGAGGAUUAACCAAGACUCAGGUCCCCCCUCUCAGUAA